UGCGACGUUAGUGAGUGAUCUAGCUUAAUGUUUUCAAGUAACUAAACAUUGGUUUUAUGUGUUACAUUAUAUUUUGUAUUAGUUAUUCACAUGCAUAAACAUCUGGAUACAGGGGUUUGGAACUGGAAACCACGCCAAAGCUUCUCAACUGGAUACGGUCAAUCAUUGGACACCGCUGCUCGGAGGCAACACUUGGCCUCUAGCUUGGAUUUUAAAUUAGCUAGCUUUGUGUUUUCAGUCGCAAUUAACAUCAGGUUCACAGCUGUUGGGAAUGGGGCUGCUAUUCGCCAAGCUUAUGACCAUUUUCGGUGACAGACAGCACAAGGUCAUCAUUGUGGGCCUGGACAAUGCGGGGAAGACCACCAUCCUCUACCAAUUCCUGGCGAAGGAGGCCGUGCACACGUCCCCCACCGUGGGCAGCAAUGUGGAGGAGAUCUCCGUGCGGAAGACCCGCUUCCUGGUGUGGGAUAUCGGAGGGCAGGAGAGCCUGAGGGCUAGCUGGAACUCCUAUUACUGUGACACUGAGAUUGUGAUCCUUGUGGUGGACAGCACUGACCGGGAGCGCCUCACAUUGACCAGAGAGGAGCUGCAUCGCAUGCUGGCUCACGAGGACCUGCAGUCUGCUGCAGUCCUGGUUCUUGCCAACAAGCAGGACAUGAAGGACUCGAUGACCGUGGCGGAGAUUUCCCAGUGCCUGACUCUCAGCUCCAUCACAGGCCACUCGUGGCACAUCCAGGCCUGCUGCGCCCUCACCGGGGAGGGUCUCUCUGCGAGUCUUGAUUGGAUGAAGUCUCAUGUGCUGGCUGGCUAAGGCUCCUCCCCGCUCUGUGUGGAUGCAGAUGGGGCUUGCUGAGUCCCCAGUCCCAGCACGAAGGCGCGGAAGGUGGCACUGCGGUCCUUGAGCAGGGCCAGCACUGGCAGGGGCACCACCUUCUACAGUUUUCAGGCCCUGAGCUGUCACCCAGGGCUCCCAGCAGCCCCCAGGGCACUCUUAGCUCCCACCUCAGCUGUCGGGCAGACCCCAGUUCAGCACGGGGGAGAAGGAAAGACUGGUUGAGGACCGCAUGCGUCCUUAACCUAAACCAUGCCUGUGUGUCUCUAUUCUGUGAGCCCUCAUCUGUCUGCCAGUCUCACUGUCUGGUGCCUUAGAGAUAGCAGCAGCAGUGGCUGGAUGGGCAAAACUGGUUUGAACUGCAAAAACAUUCACUUCCUUCCCUCCCUCUGGUUAAGCCGCUCUUGGUAUUUGCCUGUAUUUCUGAACCUGGAGGGUUACUGAUACACCAAACUGUAACUUUACACCCAAUUGGUAAAUACUUUGGGACAGUCUGAUUUUCUCGUUCUCUCACUCUUGCUCUUUACUUGAACUAUUUGUAAAAGAAAUAAGAAAAUGAUGUUUGCAGUAAAAAUGUGACUAUCCUGGUAUUUAAUUUUUUAACAAAUGUAUUUUUUUAUAUGGAAAUAAAGUAUCAAUAUGUUUUUGUAAAAUAAAAUAA